AUGAAUGGUUCAGAUAUUAAUUCUAAAGAUAAUGAAGGAAAAACAGCACUUCAUGGCGCAGCAAUAAAUAAUAACAAAGUUAUGGUUGAAUAUCUUAUAUCACACGGUAUUAAAAUCAAUGCUGCAGAUAAUGAUGGCUAUACAACACUUUAUUAUGCUUUGGCAUUUGUAAAUAAGGAAAUAUCUGAACUCCUUAAAUCACAUGGAGCUAUCGAAUCCGCACAUGAUUUAUCCACCGAAAGGGUAAAUAUUGAAAAAGAAAAAAUGUGA